GCCUGAGCCUGAGCUGUCGCGACUGGCUGCGGUCGUGGCGAGGCCUGGCUCUGUAGCGGCUCGGCUGUGCGAAGCUAAAGAGGAGCGACUUGUGUCAGUGUCUCGCGGAGAGGAUCGCGGCGAGGUGCGGAGCGCGGUGCCAGCGCGGAGCCUGAGCAGCCAGCGGUGCUCGCGCGUGAGUUAGGCCCUCGGGGCCUGCGGCCCACCGGGGCGGCCCAAACACCGGGGCCCCUUCGCCAUGGACGGCCUCGCGGUGUCCAGCGACGCCGCGUCGACGCCGCCGUCUGGGACGGCGCCGCCGCCGACGGUUCGCAGUCUUCCCGCGUCCCCGCGCGUCCAGGCCAAGAACACCGCCAACGUCAUCCAGAAGGGCCUGGCCGGGCUUGUGUUCAAAUCGAGCGGACAGAUCAACGAGGACAGUGGGGACAAGAAGACUCUGAUCGUGGCGGGAAAGAAGAUAGUGAUCGCGCCGGCCGCGGUUGCGCCUGCCGCCCCCGCGGUCGCGCCAACCCUCGUUACCGUGGAGCCGCCGUCCCCCGCGCCCAGUCUCCGGCGCCCUCCAGCUAGCCCGGCACCUGGCCGCGGGCCGGCGCCACCCCACGAAACGCCCAGCCCCGGCAAGCAUCGGGCGCCGCUCGCGGCCUCGACCCCGGGAGCCGCGGUCGCUCCUGGCGGCCUGCUGGCGCUCAGCCGGUGCCCGAGCAGUGACGGUGUAAGAACUCCGCCCGGUAAGGCGCCAGCGGCGGUCGCCUCCUCGGGAGCACUGCCUCCAGCGGGAUCGUCGCCUUCGCCAAUCGGCGGCCUAAAGGCACCACCCCCUGCCGGCGCCGCGGACGCGUUCACGCCAGGUUCCGGGCACCGCUUUCGCUCAAUGAGGUGCCUCCGUGACGAUGGUCUGUCGCCCACCUCCUGGGCCUCCAUGCAGCUGCCCGGCGGGGGCGACUUGGGACUCGGCGUCCACGCAGUCCACGACCGGCAGCUGCUCUCGGACGCGGCCUCGGUGCGCUCCCUCGCGUCCAUCGGCAUGGGCUCGACGGACGGGCGCAAGCUCACCAUCCGGCGCGUACCCACCUCCCCCAACGAGCUGCUCAACUACUCCAUGAACGGCGGCCGCAUCCACGCCGAGUACGACUCGUCCUCCCGCAGCUCGUCGUGCAGCUCCGUGUCCGACGGCAGCCCCCACCGGCCGACGCGGCGCGCGCACUGGGCCAACCGCGCGCAGUUCGUGCUGGCGUGCGUCGGCUACUGCGUGGGCCUGGGCACCGUCUGGAGGUUCCCGUACCUGUGCUACCGCAGCGGCGGCGGUGUCUUCCUCAUUCCGUAUUUCGUGACCCUUCUGCUGCUUGGCAUCCCCCUGCUCUACCUCGAGAUGUCGGUGGGUCAGUUUACGCGGAGAGGCCCCAUCGGCGCCCUCUCCAUGCUGUGCCCGCUCUUCAAGGGCGCUGGAGUGUCGAGCGUCAUCAUCUCCUUCAUCAUGAGCACGUUCUACAACGUGCUGAUCGCCUACUCCCUGUACUACCUCUUCUCGGCGUUCCGCUCCGAGCUGCCGUGGAACUCGUGCGGCCACCGGUGGAACACACCACGCUGCUGGUCCGGCGUGGGUCACCACAACGACUCGAAGCCUAUCGACAGCAAGACGCCGGCUGAGGAGUUCUUCGAGAACAAGGUGCUGCACAUGUCCUCGGGCCUGGACGACCCCCGGUCGCUGCGCUGGGAGCUGGUGGCCUGCCUGCUCGUGGCCUGGGUGCUCGUGUACUUCGCCGUGUGGAAGUCGGUGCGCUCCUCGGGCCGCAUGCUCUACCUCACGGCCACGCUGCCCUUCGUCCUCGUGCUCGUGUUCCUGGGCCGCGCGCUCACGCUCGAGGGCGCCGACAUGGGGCUGCGCUACUUCUUCAAGCCGGACUGGGAACUGCUCGGAGACGCGAAUGUGUGGGUGAACGCACUAGCGCAGAACUUCAACUCGCUGGGGGUGGCGCUGGGCUCCGUCAUCUCGCUCAGCAGCUACAACCGCUAUGACAACCCGAUCCUGGUCGACACGCUGGCCGUAUCCGCCAUCUCUGUGCUGUCGUCCAUGCUCGUGGGGCUGUUCGCCUUCGCCACCAUCGGCAACAUCGCCCACGAGCUCAAUACCAGCGUGAAGGACGUGCUGAUCGACGGCCCCGGGCUGGUGUUCGUCCUGUACCCUCAGACCAUGGCCAAGAUGCCGGCGGCGCAGUUCUGGUCCGUCUGCUUCUUCUUCAUGAUGCUGUGCCUCGGGCUCAACACUCAGUUCGCCAUGGUGGAGGUGGUCGCCACGUCGCUGCAGGACGGCUUCUCCGGGUGGAUCAAGCGUAACCUCAACAGCCACGAGGUCCUGGUGCUGCUCAUCUGCUUCGUGUCCUUCCUGCUCGGCCUGCCCUACGUCACGGAGGGUGGUAUCUACUUCUUCCAGCUGGUGGACCACUACACGGCCUCCAUCAGUAUCAUGUACCUGGCCUUCUUCGAGGUGGUGGGCGUGACGUGGCUGUACGGCGCGGGUCGCCUGGCCAGGAACAUCCGCGACAUGACGGGGCUCAUGCCCGGCCCGUACAUACGCGCCUGCUGGUGGGUCAUCUCACCCGCGACGCUUCUUGCGGUAUGGGUGUUCUUCCUGAUCGACUACAGCCCGCCCUCGUUCAACAACGGCAAGUACUUGUACCCCUGGUGGGCCGAGGCCCUGGGCUGGGGCAUCGCGUCGCUGUCGCUGGCCGCCAUCCCCGUCAUGGCUGCCAUAGCGAUAUACAAGGCCGAGGGGGACACGCUGAAAAAGAAGGUGCUCUUGUCCGCCAUGCCGCGGGUGCCCGAGAGCAAGCAGGGCUCCCCCCGCGGAGGGUCACCGCUGGCCGGCGGCAAGCCCGGGGUGGUCGGUGCUACCGACGUUCCCGAGGCCGCCACUCUCCUGCCACACCCUCUGCACGCCGUGCCGCCCAGCAUCGUGAGCCCCGAGAAGGCCUGACUUGGGGGGGAGAUCCGUUCGUGUUCAUGUCCUCCACCUCACGGACCCUUACCGGUGUGGACAUCUAUCAAAUGGCUGUGAAAGGCAAACGUCUGCAAUGAAGAGAAAGAGAGAGACCUAAUGAAGCUCGUCGCGCUCAGAAAGGUGCGACUGGCAAAUUAGGCGGAAACUUGAGCAAGGAGUAGGGCAUCUGGGAUGGAAACCCGACAGGUCUAUUCAAGAAUUUUGAUUUAAUCAAUAGGAUUUCUCUGCCCUAUCCCUGCAUUCAGACUGUGAAGAGUGAUAUCAUUCCAUGUUGUACGCAUUCCUGUUUGUCCCAUGAAUUUUAUAGAAGUAAGUUGAUUAUUUGGUCUUUUUGGUGCAAGCAAGAAAUCAUAGAGACAUAAUUUUAUGGAUUCUGUAUGGUGACUCAAAUUUUACACCAAGUUUUAAACGCUUGUAUUUUCUAGUCCGUCACACUGAUGAAACCUAAAGGCUACUCUAUUAUAAACUACUUAAGAAGAUUACCUGAACAAUUGUUCCGUGCUCGGAAUAGUAUGUGCUUUUGUAAAACGCUUUGGGUACCUGAUGUUGACAACAGUUUCUCCUUGCUCGAUCCAUUUAAUGGACAAGGCAAAGAGGAUAUUUAGUGUAUAUUAUCAUAAGUUAUUAUUGUUGUAUGAUUUGAUUGAUGAUAUCAUGGGAUUCCAGCUAUUGGCAUUUCAUAGAUGUCCUCAGGUUUAUAUUUUAAAUCACUGGGGAAAAGUUUCCUGUAAACAUUUUUGAGUGCUAGGUGCUAGAUAGAUAGGUAAGCAAAGCAGUCCGUCAGAAUGGCAGAAGACCUCCUCGCAUAGGACACGAUUCAAUCUGCUGUAGUGUAUCUCACUGGAAAUUAAAGUAGUGUAUUGUUGGCUGCAAUCUAUCUAUCUAUUAUGCAGAUGUUCCCCUCUUAGAUAUAAGUUCUAUUUUGGUAGGUACUGUGUAUACUCUAGUGAAAUGCUCAAAUUUAAACUUAUGGUAAUUCCUGGUGUCAAAAUAAACCUUCCAUUAUUCAAGAAAA